CAUCAAUCUCUACAUCACAAUCCCAACCUCUAUCGCGUCUGCAUCAAUGGCUACUCCUUGGUGGAUCUUCGGUGCGCUCUCCGGCGCCAGCUCUGUCGCUUUUGGCGCCUUUGGCGCACACGGCUUGAAGGGUCGCGGCAUUGCCCCGGAGAAGAUCGCCAGUUGGCAAACGGCGGCGCAUUAUCAGCUCAUCCACUCGGUCGCAAUCCUCGUAGCAGAACAAGCCGCUCCAAAGAAUGUCUGGGCGAAAGGACUCUUCACUGCGGGAAUUAUUGGAUUCUCGGGAUCGAUAUACGCGUUGGUUCUCAACAAAGAAUUGAAGUUUUUGGGGCCUGUGACGCCGAUUGGAGGAGUUUGUCUGAUUGGAGGAUGGCUGGCUUUGGCGUUUGCGAGUAGAGGGAGGAGUGUGGCGAUUUCGUAGGUUUUGGGAGGAAUACGAGAUCAUGGCGGUCAAGCCAACGUCUCGCCUCUGUGCUCAGGAAUUUGUGAGGUUGCAGAGAACCGAGCGACUGGUAUCCGCCACUAGUGUUUGUCUAAUAGGCGUUCGCAAGUGCUUACGACAAGGCUAAGAUGAAGCACUGCUGCACUGCUGCAUUCUCAAGCUAUUCAUUCCUCUGUCUCUUGCUCUGAACCAAGAUCGAUCAAGUGGUUUCGGGUAUAUUUACUUCGACUUCUGCUGAACAACGAUCCGCUGACAACACGCGGUAUCUCAGACGACCACCUCUGCAAGACCUCAUACAGGGAUGCAUCUUUUUGUCUAUACAGGAACGCCACUGCAAGCCAUCUUGACGUGGUACAUCGCAUAUUCGCCACGUAUUGACACGCAGCAAGCAUCUCCAUGUUACGAUUUUUCCGUCGUGCUUGGCUAGAAUGGAGACCCUCGAC